AUGCAGAAGGGAAGAGGGAGAACAAGCCGCAUCCGAAGACGAAGACUUUUCAGAAGUUCCGAGUCAAGAGGAGUGAAUGAAAGCAACAAGCCUGAGUUUAUAGAGCUUAAGAAGUGGCUGAAAGAUAGGAAGUUUGAAGAUACACAUUUAAUACCUGCUCGUUUUCCAGAUACAGGAAGAGGGCUGAUGAGCAAAACAUCCCUGCAGGCUGGACAGCUGAUUAUUUCCUUGCCUGAGAGUUGCCUGCUCACCACGGACACGGUGAUUAGAAGCUACCUAGGGGCAUACAUUACUAAGUGGAAGCCCCUUCCUUCUCCCCUCCUGGCUCUGUGCACUUUCCUAGUCUCAGAAAAGCAUGCUGGGGACCGGUCCCCCUGGAAGCCUUACCUGGACACUCUCCCCAAGGCCUAUACUUGCCCUGUUUGCUUGGAAUCGAGAGUGGUCAAUCUUCUUCCCAGACCUUUAAGAGCAAAGGCUCAAGAGCAAAGGACUCGUGUUCAGGAGUUUUUCACCUCUUCCAGAGACUUUUUCUCCUCCUUGCAGCCGCUCUUCUCGCAGGCAGUUGAAAGCAUCUUCACCUACAGCGCCCUCCUGUGGGCGUGGUGCACUGUUAACACCAGGGCCGUGUACCUGAGUCACGGGCAGCGCAGCUGCUUCUCCUCAGAGCCAGACACGUGUGCGCUUGCCCCGUACCUAGAUCUGCUGAACCAUAGUCCAGACGUACAGGUAAAAGCAGCAUAUAAUGAGGAGACUCACUGCUAUGAAAUUAGAACAGCUUCCAGUUGUAGAAAAUAUGAAGAGGUAUUCAUCUGCUAUGGCCCCCAUGAUAACCACCGCCUGCUCUUGGAAUAUGGAUUUGUUUCCACCCAGAAUCCUCAUGCGUGUGUUUAUGUCUCAAAAGAUAUACUUGUUAAAUAUCUCCCAUCAACAGAUAAGCAGAUGAACAAAAAGAUUUCACUUCUAAAGGACCAUGGCUUUAUAGAGAAUUUGACAUUUGGAUGGGAUGGGCCAUCUUGGCGAUUACUCACGGCUCUCAAGUUGUUAUGUCUGGAAGCAAGAGAAUUUACAUGUUGGAAAAAAGUACUUCUUGGUGAAGUAAUUUCAGAUACAAAUGAGAAGACAAGUUUAGACAUAACCUGGAAAAUAUGCUCUUAUUUUAUAGAGGAAUCUAAUGCUAUGCUUCAAAAGGUUUCUCGCAUGAAGGAUGAAGAAGUGGAUUUGAUCAGCCAACUAACUUUAGUAGAAACUUUGUGGACAGAAGAGCUAAAGAUUCUACAGGCUUCUGCCGCUAUUCUAAGCAGUUUGCAAACAGCGUUUACCUAA